GGCCUCUCCUCACCGCCAGAUCGAUGUCCCUAUUUGCUUGAAGACAGUCCACUUGAGUUUCUUCAGGGAUCUGACUAACAUCAUUUGGACAGGAUGCGGAUGUUGUUAGCCCUGUGUGUUCUUGGACUCUGUGUUCCACACGUAAGAGGUGGUAUCACCGUGACGCCGACCACUGUAGGAGAAGACACGACAACACACGUCAUCACCGUCACUAGAGACCCCCCAUACACAAGCGAGCUGACCUUUCAAUAUGAGACAAUGGACCAGACGGCGAUUGCUGGGAGUGACUACACCGCCAUCGGCACGACGCCCAGCUCUAUAGCAAUGGACAGUGCGUCAAUCACCUUCACCGUCAGCAUCACCAGCGACACGGUCGUGGAUCCCGACGAAACAUUUCUGUUGAAGUUUUCAUUAUUCAGCGACGCUACUCCUGCCUUUGAUACCACUGUAACCAUUACUGACGACGAAGUGGCCCCCGUCUCUCUGACAUACCCUACAACGCUCACUCGGCUGGAGACUAUCGGCAGCUUCGACAUCACCAUUUCCAGGAGCGACGCAUCAACUCGCGCCUUCACCGUUAACGUCGCCUCCAGCGACGGCACCGCGAUAGCGGGAGGAGACUAUAACGUCACAACUUCAACUCUAUCCUUUGGUGCCAAUGAAAACUCCAAGACAAUACAUGUUGAAGUGAUCGAUGACAAUAUCGAAGAGAGCUCGGAGUCCUUCAGUAUCCUUCUCUCUGGGGCCGACAUCAUGGCUGUGUCUAUCGCCUGCGAAAUCACGGAUGAUGAUGCGCCCGAUGACUUCAACUGUAAGCGGGGAGUGAGCCAACCCUGUCUCAACGGUGGGACGUGUCAAGCUGACGGCGAGUGUAUGUGCACCCCUGCCUACCUUGGUCCAAACUGUGAGGUCGAUCCAACGCGACACGACGGUACUGGGUGCGACAGCAGGUGUGGAGCUAAUGGCUGGUGUAUUGCUGACUCCUCUUCCGGAAGUACACUCAUUUCCUGCGUCUGCGCAGCCGGCUGGGCUGGAAAUAGGUGUGACCAGCGAGCAUAUUCUGUACAGUGCAACACCAACAACUUCAGUGUGUGCAUCACGCCGUAUUCUAUGGCGUCCUUCGCUGGCACGGUGUACGUCAAGGAUCAGAAGUCGACGGCGGGGUGCAUGUUGUCGAUGGCGCCGGCGGUUGCCGACCCCAGCGAUGGUCUGCUAGACUGGUGCACGGGAUACGCUGCGGCCAUCGUAUACAGCGGUGGUGCAUGUGGCAACUUUGGGCCGGAUAUUGGUACCAACACGACGUACUCCCUGCAGCUGAUUGUACAGUACAGCAACGUGAGCCUGUUCGUCACAGACGAGCUCGUGUCUUUCACGUGCAGCUUCAGAAACGACGGUCUGACAGUCUUCUCGGACUCCACCAUCAGUACAAACCCCUCAAAUGCAGUCCUAAAGAAACAGAACUCUGGCGGGUCAUUCAUCCCUGCUGCCUUAACAGUGACCCUGCCAGACAAUACUCUUAUCGUCAGCCCUCUCAACCUCGGGGAGGAAAUCAAGAUCUGUGCCUCAGUUAAUGAUGCAACCGACUUCAACGCUGUCCUGAUCCACACCGUCACCAUCAACAACACCCGCUCCGGUGCCGACUACAGAGAAAUGGACAUCUACAAGGACGGGUGUACCCCCGCCAGUUCGACCGGAAUCCUGGUGGCCGGCUCCCCCUACUGGGACAGUGGUAACAAACACACCAUGUGUGCCAGGAUCAAGGCCUUCUAUUUCGAGGACGAUGCAGGUCUGGCCAAUCCUCAUAUUGGUGUCGUCGUCAAGGUUACAGUCUACACGAAUGCAGCGGACGCUGUCAUGCUCACCUGCAGCAGCACUAGGCGCAAGAAGCGAGCUGUUUCGUCCCAAGAAGACACGACCAUGGGCACAGUAAUUGUGCUCAACGGUGCAGGUGGGCCCGCGAACACACAGGGCCAGACUGAGGCACCGAGGUUUCAAGUGCCUGUGCAGGAUGCAGGCGGUCAGAUCUCCAGCAGCCUCUGUAACGACAAGGAGUGGCUGAUCCCUGUCGUCAUCGGCCUCGGCGUCGCUCUCGCCUUUAUGGUGGGAACUAUCAUUGUCCUUGGUUGCGCCCUCUUCCGGCAGAGAGGCUACAACAAAGGGAAGGAACUCCACGAGCCCUACCCUCCUCACCGUCAUCGCCGCUGAUAAGCUCGGAUACAUGUGAAGCAACACCUUGUUGUGACUGUGUCUUUGCUAUUAUGCAUAAAACUUGAAGUAAUGAAAUGCUGUAACCGACAAAACAUUUUGUAAAGAAGACUCGCCUAAAUUGUCACCCACAGAUUGUCAUACUUGUUUGACUUUACAAACGCUACAAAGCCAUGAGCCAAAAUAAUCAGAGAUACAUUAACGUUACAUUUUAUAACCGUCAUUUGACUGUUGUCUGAAUACAAACGUUUUUAUAACAUUAAAUUUACAAGAUUGUC